AGUGCCCUCCCGAGCGGCGGCCGGUGUCCCCGCGGCGCCGGGCUGCCGAGCCGAGGAGCCGCGGCGGCCGUGGCUGUUGCAUGUGUGGCUGCUGGAUGCGGAGGCGGCGGCGGCGGUGGCGGCGGCGGCGGCAGCAGCGGCAGGAUGUUAGGGCAGCAGCAGCAGCAGCAGCAACUCUACUCGUCGGCCGCGCUCCUGACCGGCGAGCGGAGCCGGCUCCUCACCUGCUACGUGCAGGACUACCUCGAGUGUGUGGAGUCGCUGCCCCACGACAUGCAGAGGAACGUGUCCGUGCUGCGGGAGCUGGACAACAAAUAUCAAGAAACAUUAAAGGAAAUUGAUGAUGUCUAUGAAAAAUAUAAGAAAGAAGAUGAUUCAAACCAGAAAAAACGCCUCCAGCAGCAUCUCCAGAGGGCAUUAAUCAAUAGUCAAGAACUGGGAGAUGAAAAAAUUCAAAUUGUCACACAGAUGCUCGAAUUGGUGGAAAACCGGGCAAGGCAAAUGGAGCUCCACUCCCAGUGUUUUCAAGAUCCGGCCGAAAGUGAGCGAGCUGCAGAUAAAGCGAAGAUGGACUCCAGCCAACCAGAACGGUCUUCCAGAAGGCCCCGCCGGCAGCGGACCAGUGAAAGCCGGGACCUGUGCCACAUGACGAAUGGGAUCGAGGACUGUGACGAUCAGCCCCCCAAAGAAAAGAAAUCCAAGUCCGCCAAGAAAAAGAAACGCUCCAAGGCCAAGCAGGAAAGAGAAGCUUCCCCCGUUGAGUUUGCAAUAGAUCCCAACGAACCUACAUACUGUUUAUGUAACCAAGUGUCUUACGGGGAAAUGAUCGGAUGUGACAAUGAACAGUGUCCAAUCGAAUGGUUUCACUUUUCGUGUGUUUCACUUACCUAUAAACCAAAGGGGAAAUGGUAUUGCCCAAAGUGCAGGGGAGAUAAUGAGAAAACAAUGGACAAAAGUACUGAAAAGACAAAAAAGGAAAGAAGAUCGAGGUAGUUAAAGGCCAUCCACAUUUUAAAGGGUUGUCUUUUAUAUAAUGCUUUCAGAAUUUACUUUCAGAAAAUGUUUUAGGGUAAAUGCAUAAGACUAUGCAAUAAUUUUUAAUCAUUAGUAUUAAUGGUGUAUUAAAAGUUGUUGUACUUUG